GUGGCGCAGACACGCCAUUUUCGUCACCACGCAUGGACGUGUGUGCUCUCUCUGUGAGAAAAAUAUAGACGUGGUAGCGAUUAUUUAUCAUAUAAUAACAUAUUUUUGAUAAAGAAGUGGUGGAAGGCUAUUUUUACAUGCAGCAGACUACUAUAUAUAAUAACAAAUAGAUCAUAAGCUGCCAAGACCACACCUAGUUUUUGGAAGAUGGGGAAUGUCAUGGCAUCUAGCACACCUCCGGCGCCGGCCGCAGCGCCCACCGAGGACAAAGCAGCAAAACCCGUCCUGGAAAACCCCGGCUCCAUGGACGAACUGCACAAAGCCUGCAAAGACGUCUUCCCAGUCAACUUUGAGGGUGCAAAAAUCAUGGUCAACAAGGGCCUGAGCAACCACUUCCAGAUCUCGCACACGCUGAACAUGAGCUCGGUGACUCCGUCUGGCUACCGGUUCGGCGCUACGUACGUGGGCACGAAGCAGUUCAGUCCGACCGAGGCGUUCCCCGUGCUGCUGGGGGACAUCGACCCGUCCGGAAACCUGAACGCCAACAUCAUCCACCAGUUCAGCGAACAGGUGCGCUGCAAGUUCGUGGCGCAGGUGCAGAACUCCAAGUUCAUGGCGUCACAGUUCUCCGCCGACUACCGGGGUCGCGACUUCACCAGCUCGCUGACCAUGGCCAACAUCGAUCUCAUCAACGACACGGGGGUCAUCGUGGGCCACUACCUGCAGUCGGUGACGCCGCGCGUGGCGCUGGGCGCCGAGCUGGCCUACCAGUACGGCGCCCAGGUGCCCGGCGGACAGAUCGCCAUCCUCUCCGUGGCCGGCAAGUACAAGGCGCCCUCGUACACGGUGAGCGGCACGGUGGGCGCCGCCGGCGCGCACCUCUGCUACUGGCAAAAGUCCUCCGAUCAGAUCCAGUUCGGCUGCGAGCUGGAGACGAACCUGCGCAUGCAGGAGGCGGUCGGCAGCGUGGGCUACCAGGUGGACCUGCCCAAGGCGAACCUGGUGUUCCGCGGCACGGUGGACUCGAACUGGACGGUCGGCGCCGUCCUAGAGAAGAAGCUGCAGCCGCUGCCGUUCACAUUUGCGCUCAGCGGCAUGCUCAACCACCCCAAGAGCCAGUUCCGGCUGGGCUGCGGACUCAUCAUCGGCUGAUGGUGGCCGCUGGUGCGCUCCUACCGGGCGCUAGAUGGUCCUGUGGUGCUGCCCGCGCCGGGCGGCAGGCCGGCGCCGCGUGCCUUGGUCGCCGGCCGGCGGUGGCCCGCGAGCGGGGGACGAGCGGCCGGCGCGCCCGUCUCCAGGACGCUGCCGAGCCGCGGCCGCUACAGUGCCGGUGAUUUUCCCGCCGCGGCACGGGCACAAGGCGGAGCCGCCGGUGUGUGUGUGUGUCUGCUGGCCGCGGCCAGAGCGCCUGUGUGCGUGUGCGUAGUGUGUUAAACAGCGCUAGGAACGGGUGAUUCGACUCUGGACUGGUGUUAUUGGUCGAACGUUGUCUGCUACUUGCAAUAGAGCGCGUUUUCGACUCAAUGCAAUUGGUUACUGCGUUCGAUGAGCGGAUGGAAUGUCAUUGCGUUUCGGUAUUAAUUUACCGUUAACUAUCGAGAGUUCGAUUACGUGCCACUUGUCCCCAAUAAAUCACUUGUGUAGUAGCGAUGUCUAUGGGUCAGUGAUUCAAACUGCUAGAGCUAAGAGGUCCCUGAUCGACUUUACGUGUCCUGAUGGUUUGUCGUUUUGUGAUUGGAGCUCGACCUGCGAUAUGUAUUCGGUCAUUGAUACGGGCAGGGAGUGCUGUUCAAAUUCGUACUUUGCUUUGUGUGGAGCGAAAUAACAGGAAAUACCUCAGCGA